ACUGGGCUAUAACGGCGGCGGGGGUCCUUUCGGCUCGAGCGCCUGAGGUGGUUGCGGCGGUGGCUCUUCCUGCCGCGGUAGCGUGUCGCGUAUGACCCCCGCGUUGGCCAGGAAAGCUCUCAUUCCUGUGGCGGUGCGGAAAGAAAGGAGGCGGGAGCAUGGCGGCCUCAGCGUCGGAAAAAAGCAGCAAGAAGAAAACGGAGAAGAAACUCGCCGCUCGAGAAGAAGCCAAAUUACUGGCUAGCUUCAUGGGGGUCAUGAACACCAUGAGAAAGCAAAAAACACUCUGUGAUGUCAUUCUCAUGGUUCAAGAAAGGAAGAUUCCAGCUCAUCGUGUUGUACUUGCUUCAGCCAGCCACUUCUUUAACUUAAUGUUUACCACAAACAUGAUUGAAUCAAAGUCAUUUGAAGUGGAGUUAAAAGAUGCAGAGCCUGAUAUUAUUGAGCAACUUGUAGAGUUUGCUUACACUGCAAGAAUUUCUGUGAAUAGCAACAAUGUCCAGUCAUUGUUAGAUGCAGCAAAUCAGUACCAAAUUGAGCCUGUGAAAAAAAUGUGUGUGGACUUUUUAAAGGAGCAAGUUGAUGCUUCAAAUUGUCUUGGUAUAAGUGUGUUAGCAGAAUGUCUUGACUGCCCAGAACUGAAGGCUACUGCAGAUGACUUUAUCCAUCAGCACUUCACAGAGGUUUACAAAACGGAUGAGUUUCUACAGCUAGAUGUUAAACGUGUUACACAUCUCCUGAACCAAGAUACAUUGACUGUAAGAGCAGAAGAUCAGGUUUAUGAUGCUGCUGUCAGAUGGCUAAAGUAUGAUGAGCCAAACCGUCAACCAUAUAUGGUUGACAUUCUUGCUAAAGUCAGGUUUCCUUUAAUUUCAAAGAAUUUCCUCAGUAAAACGGUACAGGCUGAACCACUUAUCCAGGACAACCCAGAGUGCCUCAAAAUGGUUAUCAGUGGAAUGAGGUACCAUCUGCUUUCCCCAGAGGAUAGAGAAGAAUUAGUGGAUGGCACUCGCCCACGAAGAAAAAAGCAUGAUUACCGCAUUGCCUUGUUUGGGGGAUCACAGCCACAAUCAUGUCGAUAUUUUAACCCAAAGGAUUACAGCUGGACAGACAUCCGAUGUCCCUUUGAAAAGCGAAGGGAUGCAGCCUGUGUCUUCUGGGACAAUGUAGUUUAUAUUUUGGGUGGUUCCCAGCUUUUCCCUAUAAAGCGAAUGGACUGUUACAAUGUUGUGAAAGAUAGCUGGUAUUCCAAAUUGGGUCCACCAACACCUCGUGAUAGCCUUGCAGCUUGUGCAGCAGAGGGUAAAAUUUAUACAUCUGGUGGUUCAGAAGUAGGAAAUUCUGCUUUAUAUUUGUUUGAAUGCUAUGAUACAAGAACGGAAAGCUGGCACACAAAGCCCAACAUGCUGACGCAACGGUGUAGUCAUGGGAUGGUAGAGGCAAAUGGUCUCAUUUAUGUAUGUGGAGGAAGUUUAGGAAACAAUGUUUCUGGAAGAGUCUUGAAUUCCUGUGAAGUUUAUGAUCCAGCAGCAGAAACGUGGACAGAGUUGUGUCCAAUGCUUGAAGCCCGAAAGAAUCAUGGGUUGGUGUUUGUGAAAGACAAAAUAUUUGCUGUUGGGGGACAAAAUAGCCUAGGUGGCUUAGACAAUGUGGAAUAUUAUGACAUUAAAGUGAAUGAGUGGAAGAUGGUCUCUCCUAUGCCAUGGAAAGGUGUAACUGUAAAAUGUGCUGCUGUGGGUUCCAUAGUUUAUGUCUUAGCUGGUUUUCAGGGUGUAGGUCGCUUGGGACACAUCCUUGAAUAUAAUACUGAAACAGAUAAGUGGAUAGCCAAUUCCAAAGUACGUGCUUUCCCAGUGACCAGCUGUUUAAUCUGUGUAGUUGAUACUUGUGGCGCAAACGAGGAAACACUAGAAACAUGAAGACUUCAGGAAAAUGAUGCAGUACUCUUGAAAGAACGGGUUGCUGUUACAUCAACAUUAUUAUAUGGUCAGACUCAAUACCAUGGAAGAAUUGGAAUGCAAUCCUCUACUUUUAUCUCCACUAUCUAUGUAAUGUGGAUUUGCUUCUGCAAAUUCUAUUUUUCAAGAGUCUUCCUAAGAAUCGGGAGUAUUUCAAGAACUAUGAACAUAGAUUGAAAAGACAAGACAUAAACUCCUUAAGAUGCAUUUGUGCAGUUUUGCAAACAAAAGCAAAACUGCUUAAAAUGUAAUAUUUAAUGACAAGAUUUUUAAUAGCCUGCACUUUUUCAUGCAUACAGUGAAAUUCUUCAAGUAGCAAUGGUGAGUGAAAAAACUGUCAUAAAUUGGUAUGCAUUUGCCAAAACACAUAGAUAUAUUUACUGCCAUGCAGCUUCAUCACUGAAUUGGAGCUGGGCAACUUUACUGUGUCCAGUAGUUGAAGUAGUUGAGUAAAUACAGAGCUGUGUAACUAUUUAUGCAUCUUCAGCCUGUACCAAGCAGUCUCAGAUUGCUGAUGGUAUAUCUGUACAUAAGCAUCCUUCUCACUUGGUUCAGUACAAAUAAAAUUAUGCCUAGCUAUAGGCCUGUAUUCUUUUUAAACAUUCUUAAUUCCAUCUGUGCAAAACUAUAUGCUGUGUGAUACCCUCCCAUAAUGUACUUUUAACCAUGCGCAUGGGAACUGGUGCUUUUUCAUGAGUGCAUCUAUUUCCAAAAAUAUUAAUUGUACAGAGGAGAACACCCCUUACCUAAAACAGUCUUCUAGCCUUCAGAUGCACACUGAAAGGCACUUGUUCACCUUUGUGAGAAAGUAAAUGCAUAGGUAAGGAGCUAAAUUUGCCUCUUCCUUUUUUUAAAUUUUUCUGAAAACUGCAUUUGCCCCUUUAUUGUACCCAAUUUAAUUUUGUCUUAAAAAUUAAUAGGGAUUUAGCCUGCUCUUACCUGUAUAGACUUGUUCCGGUUUUCUUUCUUUGAUACACUCUAGUGUGGAUAAGAUGGUACCCAGGAAAUACUCAUGUCUAGAAUAUUCCUUUUUCCCCACUUCUUUUUUUUUCCAUGGGAAUGGAUCAAAAUUCAUACCCAUUUCUUACAUGCCUGAUGUAAUAUUGCAUCUGAAGUUCCAAAAUUCUUGUCUAUACUGUAAGAGGACUGACUCAUAAGCUUCCAUGUGCAAAAGUGAAUGACAUCACUUAUGCAUAAAAUACUGAUUGUCUAACCCAGUGAUUCCCUCCAAAUUUGCCACCUGUUUUGCAACCUGCUAAGAAUGAGGCUCCUUAGUUCUGGGUUGGAACACCUUAUAUUGUUUUAAAGCACACUUUUGUGUACUUAGUUAUAAUACAGUCUUUCUUCCAUGAAAUCAGUGAAUGAUGUGGGUUUUUUAAAGCUAUAUUGAACAAUGGUAUGUAUGCUUGCAUUUUAAGGACUGUUUUUUAUUUUCAGUUUUUAAAUGAAUUCUGAAGCACUUUAGAAAAGUUUAUUUUUUUAUUAAGGUAACAUACUUGCCAAGAAUAGAAUAGUUUGAACAUCAAUAAGAAGCUUAAAUCUCAUCUAGAUACACAAAUGCAGAUACCAUAAAGAGUUGAGUUAGUUUCAGUCUUUUUUUAAGCUCCAUAAGCAAAUAGGGUCCCCCUGUAUUGCUUACUAAUUUUCAAGUAGUCCAGAUAUGGGCAAUCUAGUAUGAAAAACUUCCAUGUUAUGGGCAGUGUGUGACAAAUCUGAUUCACUGUCAGUUCUUAAUAUAUGAACAUUAGGUGCAACAAGUUUUCUUAGUCUGUUUUGUGUAUUGACAGAGAUAUGUAUUGAUCAACUUUGUCUACUGAAUACUUUGGUUAAGUAUCAGUGGAAUUAUUUUCGCAGUGUAACAAAUACCUCAGUGAGGCUUGUGGAUCAGUAAACUUUGUUAAUUAAAUAUUUGUUUUGCUAAA